ACCAUAUAACUCGGAUCGCUGACGUGAAGAACCCACGUCGCGUCCAUCGCACCUCGGCCGCGCGCUUCCGCGGCCGAGUGGGCUAACUUCGCGAGCGGCCCCAGCAAUAGCGCAUGAUACGUGAUGCGGUGGACAAAAAGCGUUCAGUUUGCGUCUUGUACCUGCUCGACAACGAGUUUGCCACGCGUACGGCAAUGCUGUCCAGCCGAACAAAAGCGUUGAGGAAGGACCAAAAAGACUUUUUGCGUGUUAUAUUGACACACACUUUUCAACCUGUGAUAAUGUACACGGCUUGUGUGUGUACCUAUGUAUGCAUGUGCAAUUAUAUAUAUAUAUAUGCAUGUGCUAUAGAUAAAUAAUCACUGGCAUCGACCGCACUUUUCUACUGGCGCUGCGAAACGAAGCUUGGAGUACGACUAUUCUUUGACGUGUCAGGUUCGUCAUCGUUUGGAUCGCGUGAGAAUUCUUAGCCAUGGACUUCCAAAAUUUGUUUGAGGCGAGCCAAAGCUACUUUUCACAGCCAAAUCGCGUCAAGCGUGACUUGCUUGGUCUGGUCAACCAUUUUCCAAAUUUUCGAUUUUCCUUAAGUGUCGAUACCAGUAUGUAGAGGAGUAAAUGCGUGUUUUACACAAAUGCACUUAUAGCUGACAGGUUCUUUCGCCCAAUUCGACCAAGAAAAAGUUUGUCGUGUUUGGGAAGGUGCCGGUUCAGUACAAGGACGCCUUUUAUCAUUUUCCUAUAUGCAUGACGAUACCGCAGAGCUAUCCAAUCGAGACCCCGGAAGUGAGGCUAGUGCUUCUUCCGAAGGCAGUGGUCAAGGCGAAUCACCCGCACAUAAACCAACAGGGAAUUGUGAAUAUUCGUUCAAUGAAGAUCUGGAAUCCUUUUGUCACUUUGGUCGAAUUGGUGGACUCGCUCGCGGCUGCGUUUGGGUCUUCUUAUCCGCUGAGGACGUGUCCAACGCAGACGUGCGGGGAGUCACCGUCCUCUAGGCAGUACAUGCCCGUUAGGAAAGAGGUUUCCAAUUAUGCAGAGCCUUCUGGCAAUUCGACGACGGCGGUAGAGUCGCCGAAGGAGGACUCAGUAUCCGUGAUGCGAAACGGGUCUUCGGGUGGAUUGGUGGCAGCUGAUGGUGUCCAGAUGGACAAAGCUGUCUUACAAACUAGGGGCGUUUACAGAAACGGAGAACGGAGCGUUUCGAACGAUGAGUUUGGCAGGUUGCAUGUCACGCGUACAACAUUGCAAUCCGACCGUAUGAGCACUGCUUUUUUGAGCCCACAGAGGGUGAAUCAGAUCCAUGGAGAUCACAGCAUCAUCUAUACGAGCAGCAGGGAUAAGUCGAGUCUACGCGAGACUGCCACGUUGCCUUCUGCUAGUCAAAGGCCCCACAAAUCGAAGGACUCCGACCGCUUUUCUCCACCUUUAGCGGCCCCUAGUUCUUCUGUCGUGGAGAAUGCGCAGCCUGGUUGCUCGUCUUCUGCACAGGACCAAUCCAGAAGUGUCUUGACUUGUCAGCUUUUGACAAGACUUAGAGACCGAGUCUUGAAAGCGAAUAACUCGGCCGAAGACCUGCUGAAAGAACAAACAAACCUCAAGGAGACGCAAGAACUGCUCACCAAGGCCCACUCGGACAUAUUCAACCUGAAAGAGAAAAAUGAGCUGCUGCUAAAAAAUAUGAAGCACGACGCAAAGCGCCUAGAGAAAUGGCUCAGAGAAAAUGAAUACGACUUGGACAAAGAAAGCGUAGACAGGCUGACAGACCCAGAGGCGGCGAUCAGAAGGCAAUAUUUAGAGGUCAAGGCGUCUGAUCAGGCUCUGUCAGAUGCUCAGUAUUAUCUGGUUCAAGCCAAAGAAAGAGAGUUGAUUGAUACAUCAAAAUUUUUAAAAGCGUACAGGAACCUGUCGACUAAGCAAUUCUACGAAAGGGCGUUGGCUUUAGAAAUUGAGGGCCGGGUUAAGAACCUAGAUGAAAAUGGCCCAGAAGUUGUUGAAAGGGAGGUGACAUGAUUUAGGCUCUAAGGAUCCAGAUCGGCGCUGGUUAGCCUGCACGCGAAACAGCCUUUUGUUUGCUGUUGAUCCUCUCUGCUAAAUAAAUGAGCGAUGUAUUUUUUUUUUUAA